GUGUCUCUGUUUAACUAACUCAGACUCACCCAAACUGCCCCUUAACUCACACUCCAAACAUUUCCACAACUAUCAACCCACACCUGCCCAAUGGCUUCCAUAACCAUGACAGCCUCGUUCUUGGGUGGCGCCGCAGCCAAGCAUGUCCCCGCCGGCGCUCGCCGCGGAGCCGUGGUGGUGAGGGCCUCAAGCGAGCCCGAGAAGAUGGCGGUGAAGGCCGACGAAAAGAGCAACAGCAGCAGGAGGGACUUGAUGUUCGCCGCGGCGGCGGCGGCUGCGUGCUCCGUGGCGAAAGUUGCGAUGGCCGACGAGCCCAAGCCCGGGACUUCCGAGGCGAAGAAGAAGUACGCGCCUAUUUGCGUCACAAUGCCGACGGCCCGCAUCUGUCGCAAUUGAUAUGCUGAGGAGGUGCUGCUUUUGUUGAUGAAUCAGUGUUGACAAAUUUGAUGUAAAAACCUUUCUCGUUCUUGUUUUGGUUUAUGAAUCAUGAAUGAAGGUGUUACUCUUGUUCACAUUACUUUUA